UCCCGCCCGCCGGGGCAGGCACAGCGCGGGCCGCAGGUACGAGCGCAGCCGGCGAGCGGAGCGGACAGAGCGGCCGGGCCGGCGCGGCCAUGGGGAAGGUGCAGCUCUUCGAGAUCCGCCUGGGCGACAGCCGCGUCGUCUACAGCCCCGGCGAGCCGCUGGCCGGCACCGUCACCGUGCGGCUCUCGGGCUCGCUGCAGUACCGAGCCAUCAAGGUGAGCUGCAUUGGAUCCUGUGGGGUGUCCAACAAGAUCAAUGACACAGCAUGGACUGUGGAGGAGCAGUACUUCAACAGCACGCUGUCCCUGGCAGACAAAGGGGUCCUGGCAGCUGGAGAGCACAACUUUCCCUUCCAGUUCCUGCUACCAGCUUCUGCUCCUACAUCAUUUGAAGGCCCUUUUGGCAAGGUCCUGCAUCAGGUGAAAGCUGUGAUAGACACACCUCGCUUCUCCAAGGACUACAAAUGCAACAAGAUCUUCUACGUUCUCUGCCCUCUCAACCUGAACGACAUCCCUGACAUUGAGCAGCCCAACACCAUGUCCAUCACCAAGAAGUUCAACUACAAGCUUGUGAAAAGUGGCAACAUCAUCCUGACAGCCACGUCUGACCUGAAGGGCUACAUCGUGGGCCAGGCCAUCCAGCUCCGCACAGACAUAGAGAACAAGUCCGGCCGCGACACUGGCGCUGUGGUGGCCAGUCUGCUCCAGAAAGUGGCCUACAAAUCCAAGCGCUGGAUUUACGACCUGAGGACCAUCGCCGAGGUGGAAGGCUCAGGGGUGAAAGCCUGGAAACAUGCAGAAUGGAAGGAGCAGAUCCUGGUUCCAGCACUGCCCCAGUCCAUUCUGCAGGGCUGCAGCCUCAUCCACAUUGACUACUACAUCCAGGUUUCCCUCAAGUCUCCAGAGGUUUCUGUCACUCUCCCCAUCUACAUUGGAAACAUUGCUGUGAACAGGGUCCCGCUGAGCCCCUCCCGCUCCAUCCAGCACAUCCCAUCUGUGGUGGUCCCCAGUGCCCCCCCAGAGGAAGAGGAGGCUGCCAGUGGCUAUCACCCCAUGGACAAUGUCUCCAUCCCCACCAAAAGCCAUUCCCAGCAGCAGCCCUUUAGCUACGCCCCAGGACUGAGCUUCCAGGAGAUUCGGGCGGACUCGGAGCAGACGGGCUCCCCAAACCACCCCACGCUCUGCCUGUCCACGGGAGCCACUGUCCCCUACUACGCUGAGGGGAACGUGGUGCCUGUCCCCACAGCCAGCUCACUCAUCCUGCCCCCGGAGUACAGCACGUGGGGAUACCCCUAUGAGGCGCCUCCAUCCUACGAGCAGAGCUGCAGCAGUGCCAACUCCAGCAUCAGCAAUGGCAAUUAGCCCUCCCCUGCUCCGACCCCGCCGGCGCUGCCCGCCCCGGCACCACGGGGCACCCGCCUGUGGCAAAGUCUGGUACAGCACAAGGCAUCUUCUUGUCUCUCUGGCUGCUUUGGGGGGAAAACUGCCACAUCCCAGCCUGGGCUUUUUAAGUCUCUUUCUAGGGAGGGGGUAAAAAACCAAAAAGGGCAGCCAGAGCAGCCUGCAUGCGUGUAGGAGAGGUCUGGGAAACUGAACAGUCUCCUGCUGCUGCACCAAGUGCUGGAGAGCUGGAUGUGGCCCUGGUGCCCUGGGCAGCAGCCUGUUCCAGUACUGUAGUCAACACUAACUGCUUUACUAUCAAAGCACCUGCGAUGCCUUAUCUGAAACGCUCCUGACUUGGCACAGCUCCACUCUAAGGGAAGGCUGGGCUGUGUGGACUUGCUCUCCUCUUUUGGGGGCUGUGUGCUCUCCACAAAUGGUUUUGACAGCCCUUCCUCCUUGUCCUCAGAGGUCCUAAGGGUAGCAGGAGGUUUCUUGGGAGUAAGCAGGUUUGGAAGGUCAGGGACUUUAAAAAAGCCAAAAGCACAAGCCCUCGCUGUACCUGAGCUGUGGAGGGCGUGACUGGCAGUGUGAGUGCCCAUGGGCACAGGGGGGGCUCGUGGGGGCCCUUGCUGAUAAGCCCUGGUGAGAGCUCUGGGGAAGAUCCUGGUGUGGGAUGGGGUGCCCUUUUCCAACACGAGUGGCUUUUCCCCACAGAGCCUUGUGGGACACAGCCCACCCUUGCUCACUGCUGGGCCCUGGCACACAGGACAACAGCACUGCUCACUCUGGGGCAGAGGGACCACACUCCAUGUCCCUGCAGGGUGCCCUCUCCUCCCAGGCUGCAGUUAAGUGACCAUCAAUCACAGAAGUCUGUCUGAUGCUACCUCUGAGUCUGCCCAGGGGCCCUGCCUGUGGGAUCCCUCCCCUCUGGGCCCCCCCUCCGUGGGGCUGUCCCUGGGAGUGGCUGUCCCUGCCCGGGCAGCCCACAAGGGUGCUGGGCCAGGGCCUGUAGUGGCACUGGUUUGCUGUGUGUCCCCUGGGCCUGAGCAGAAUGUGACAAUGAACACCACCCGUGUGGGAGCUGCAGCCUGCGCUGCACCUGGCAGCUGGGGGAACAAGCUGGGUUUUCUUGCAAUUUUUCUUUUGCGCCUUUCUGCCUCCCCCACCUUGUUUAGUUUGUUUAGCAUUGGCUGCCCCAGCUGAGGGAACCACAAGCCACGUCCCUCAGAGCCACAGGUGCCCAGCCAGGCUGGAGUUGUGGCCUCCAGAGCUUUGGCAUCUCAGAGCUGGUCCCCACAUGGCCCCAGGCUGGGCAGGCAAUACCUGACAGACCUUUAGGAGCAUUUCCAGCUGCUGCCUCCUUGCUCAGCCACCUCUGCACACCCUUCAGGCAGCUGGGACAGGCCCUGCUUUGCACUCUGC